AUGGCCUUCAACGGCGCUGGAUCUACGCAUCGGCGCAGUAAUCCCUUUGCGAGAGCUCCUUCCGGUUCGCCCGCCGCGAGCCAAGCUAUCCGACCGAAAUCUGCCAUCUUCUCCUCCCCCUCACAAAUCCCCGGACUAUCGACACCACCUCCGCACAACAGAACAUACUCGAAUGGGUCGGUAUCAGCAUCCCAGGGCCUGCCUGGGGCCGUAUCACGGCAGCAUCGCAGUGACUCCAAGAGCGGAACACCGACGUCGACCACAUUCGCGCCGUCGUUCAUCAAGACAGAAGAGAUGAGACGGAGUUCGGAUACAAUCAAGGGCAUUGAAGGUGAAAACGACUUCUCUGGAAAACGCUAUGUAUGGGUUAAGGAUCCACAGGCGGCUUUCGUCCGCGGGUGGAUUGUGGAGGAAUUGGAGGGAAACCAGUUGCUUGUACAAUGCGACGAUGGAACUCAACGAGAAGUCGAUGCCGAGAGCGUCGACAAAGUGAACCCCGCCAAGUUCGAUAAAGCAAACGAUAUGGCCGAGUUGACACACCUGAACGAGGCAUCCGUUGUCCACAACCUGCACAUGAGAUAUCAGGCCGAUCUGAUAUAUACAUAUUCGGGACUUUUCCUUGUCACAGUCAAUCCGUAUGCGCCGCUACCCAUUUACAACAACGACUACAUCAACAUGUACCGGGGACGAAGCCGGGAGGAUACCAAGCCUCACAUCUUCGCCAUGGCUGAUGAGGCCUUCCGGAACCUCGUUGAGGAGGGCAAGAACCAGAGCAUCUUGGUGACGGGAGAGUCUGGUGCUGGCAAGACCGAAAAUACAAAAAAGGUCAUCCAGUAUCUCGCCGCUGUUGCUCAGUCAGACUCGGCCCUGAAGAAUAAGGGGCAGCACUCGAACCUUUCUCAGCAAAUCCUGCGAGCCAACCCAAUUCUUGAGGCCUUCGGCAACGCCCAAACUGUGCGCAACAACAACUCUUCACGUUUCGGCAAGUUUAUUCGCAUUGAAUUCACCCGGAAUGGCGCCAUUUGCGGAGCCUUCAUCAACUGGUAUCUUCUGGAGAAGUCAAGAGUCGUCCACAUAAACCCUCACGAGCGAAACUAUCAUGUUUUCUACCAACUUCUGAAAGGCGCCACUCAUAGCACCAAGCGAGAGUUCAUGCUUGAUGGGCUUGGUGUUGAGGAUUUCAACUACACGCGAGACGGACAUGACACCAUUGUGGGCGUGUCAGAUCGCGAAGAGUGGGAGUCACUCAUGGAGGCCUUUGACGUCAUGGGAUUCACCAACGAGGACCAGGCAUCAAUCUUGAGGACUGUGGCAGCUGUGCUGCAUCUGGGCAAUAUCAACGUCGUCAAGGAGAGUCGGGCCGCAGAUCAGGCCCGUCUCGCUCCGGACGCAAAGGUCCAGGCUGCCAAGGUUUGCAAGCUGCUCGGUGUACCCUUAGAGCCAUUCCUUCAGGGUCUGCUCCAUCCCAAGGUCAAGGCUGGUCGUGAAUGGGUUGAAAAGGUCCAGACUCCUGAGCAGGUUCGCCUAGGUCUGGAUGCCUUGUCGAAGGGUAUAUACGAACGAGGAUUCGGUGACCUUGUCACCCGAAUCAACCGUCAACUUGACCGGAAUGGUAUGGGUCUCGAUGAUUCGCACUUUAUCGGAGUUCUUGAUAUCGCUGGAUUUGAGAUUUUCGAACAGAACAGCUUCGAACAGUUGUGCAUCAACUACACCAACGAGAGGCUUCAGCAGUUCUUCAACCACCACAUGUUUGUUCUGGAGCAGGAGGAAUAUGCCCGAGAGCAGAUCGAGUGGAAGUUCAUUGACUUUGGGCGCGAUCUACAACCCACCAUCGACUUGAUUGAACUCUCAAACCCUAUCGGUGUCUUCUCUUGCCUGGACGAAGACUGUGUCAUGCCCAAGGCCACAGACAAGUCCUUCACCGAGAAACUCAACUCAUUAUGGGACAAGAAAUCUGCCAAAUACCGGCCGUCCCGUCUUGGACAAGGCUUCAUUCUUACGCACUACGCCGCCGAGGUCGAGUAUUCCACUGAGGGGUGGCUGGAGAAGAACAAGGACCCCCUGAAUGAUAAUGUCACACGCCUUCUCGCCGCCUCGACAAACAAACACAUCGCGGCUCUCUUCGCCGACUGUGCUGAGUCGGAGGAUGACCAUGGUACCGGAAGAAGUCGCGUCAAAAAGGGGCUUUUCCGAACAGUCGCCCAGAAACACAAAGAGCAUCUUCACAGUCUGAUGUCAGAGCUCAACUCGACGCAUCCCCAUUUCGUCCGUUGCAUUCUUCCCAACCAUAAGAAGAAGCCGAAACAGUUCAACAACCUGCUUGUUCUCGACCAGCUGCGCUGCAAUGGUGUCCUAGAAGGAAUCAGAAUUGCUCGGACAGGCUUCCCCAACCGACUUCCUUUUGCAGAGUUCAGACAACGAUACGAGGUGCUCUGUCAAGAUCUUCCCAGGGGAUACCUCGAGGGACAAGCGGUCGCUGCCCAUAUGCUUGAAAAGCUUGGGCUCGACCGGGCCCUGUACCGGGUUGGUCUUACCAAGGUCUUCUUCAGAGCGGGCGUGCUCGCUGAGCUCGAAGAACAAAGAGACGCUCUCAUUACCGAGAUCAUGGCCAGAUUCCAGUCCGUUGCGAGAGGAUUCAUCAAGCGACGCGCAGCCUACAAGAGACUCUUCCGGACCGAGGCCACCAGGAUUAUUCAGAGAAACUUCCAUGUGUACCUGGAUCUGGCAGACAACCCCUGGUGGCAGCUGAUUGUGAAGAUGAAGCCUCUGCUCGGUUCCACUCGCACAGCGACCGAGGUCAAGAAGCGAGAUGCCAUGAUCAAAGAGCUCAAUGAGAAGAUGCAGCUCGAAUCGGAGAACCGCCAGAAGCUCGAGGAGGAACGUCGCAACUGCCAUGCUGAAAUGAUGCGUAUUCAGCAGACGCUUGAGAGCGAACGAGCACUUGCUUUGGACAAGGAAGAGAUCUUCAAGCGCCUCCAGCUCCGAGAAGCUGAGCUUGAGGAGAAGCUUGCAGGUGCCAUCGAAGACCAGGAAAGACUAGAGGACGAGCUGGAUGGCUUGUUGGAAGCCAAGAACCGUGCCGAGCGAGAGGUCGAGACUUACCGCUCACAACUUGAGCAAGCCGCCACUCUCAUCGCCAAGCUGGAGGAAGAGAAGGGCCGUCUGAAUGCGAAGAUUGCCGAGCUUGAAGACUCACUCGCCGAGGUCACUCAGAAGCAAGCGGAGCAGGCCGAGAAGGAGAUUGCACUCCAAGACGAAAUCAAGGUGGCGCAAAGUCAGCUGUCCCUGAAGGACAGAAAGGUUCAAGAUCUGGAAACAAAGCUGCUCAGGAUCGAUCAAGAUUUGGAAGUGAAGCUUCACACGGCCCAAAAAGAGCUUCAAACCAGCAAGAUCCGCGAGUCCACGCUAUCCCGUGAGAACCGUGACAUCCAAGCGCAGCUUAAGGAGCUGUCGAAGACGUCCACCGAUUACGAGGACCUUGUGCGCAAGAAGGAGAGCGAACUAGCCCUUCUGCGAACCGACAAGAAGAACUUUGAGAGCGAGCGGCAGUCUCUCGAGGAUCAAAAGAGGUCUCUGACUUCUGAAAUGGAAAAGACUGCCGCCAAGUUCCGUGACGCUCAAGCUGAGCUGGUCGCAAUGAAGUCUCAGCAAUCCCAGUUGGAGCGAGAAGCUGAGGACGCCAAGAACCUUCUUGAGAGACGCUUGUCAGAGGACGCACAGGCUGAUCAAAAUCGUCAACUGGUCGAGUCUCAAAUCAAGGAUCUCAAGGAUGAAUUGUACCAGACACAGAUGGAACUGAGCAGGGAACGACAGUCUCGCGAUGACGUGCAGCUGCUCGGCGAGCACAAAUAUCAGGAGCUCAAGGACGAAUUCGACCGUCUCAACGAGUCAAAGAUCAUCAUCGAGAAGGAACUCUAUGCUCAGCAAGAUACCCUACGGCGGACCAUGGAGGCUCGAGCAACGGCUGAGCAGGAACGUGAAGAGGCCAGACAAGAAAUCCGACGACUUCGGGCAGCAAAGACGCAAGCAGAGGAGGCGCGAGUACAAGCCGAAGUUGCCGGUGAGCGACAAGCAUCCAAAGCAGCACGGGAACGUGAAAACAGCCUUCGAAAGGAUCUGGACGCGGCACAAGAACGGCUUCAAUGGUUUGAAGGCGAGUGUGCCAAGCUCAACCACCAGAUCGAAGACCUCAACAAGCUCAUCCUAGAGUCGGGCGAAUUUGGCCUGAAGAACGACCAGGCCAAAGAGAGACUCGAACGCGAACUGGGCACUGUCAAGAGCCGCUUGAUGGCGUCGGAAAACGACAACCGGGCUUUGCUGAACAAGCUUCAGCAAAAGGGGUUGGAGAUUGCACGCUCAAGCUCUCGCGCCAGUGAGGCUUCUCGUGGCCAGAUCCUGACUCUUCAACGCGAAAAGGCCAGGCUCGAGGAGCAGAACGCCAAGCUCAACAAGCAAUUGGGUGAAUCUCAGAUCGCCAUUGCAUCCCUCGAGAAGAGGGCUGAGAAGCUGCAACUGAACCUUGAGGACCUCAGCCACGAGGUUGCUCGCGAGGUCAAGUCCAGCAGAAAUGCCGAAAAGGCCACUUCGACCUUCACUGCUCAGCUGGCUGAAGCCAACCGAACCAUUGAGUCGGAACGGCAACUUCGAACUCAGGCACAGACUACCGUCCGUACACUUCAAGCUUCUCUCGACUCAAGAGACAAGGAACUCGAAGAUCUCAGGGCCCAGAUGCUCGAUGUCUUGAGGACGGUUGAUCCGGAAGCCCCUAUUCCUCCUCAAUCAGACGGCACCGACGAGAAGGUUCUCAUCCAAAACUUCGACUUGGUGAGGAAGGUCGAGGAGCUCCAGCAGAACCUCCGUGUGCAAACAGCAGCGAGAACAAACGCCGAGAACCAGCUUGCUGAGCUAAGGGCAUCUCGCAACGACACCUCUCCCACUCGACCCAGGCUGGAAGAGAUCCAUCUCAACGAGGCGCCAUUCCAAGGAUCACCGACCCAGAGGAGAGCAGCCAAGCUUCAUGCUCGAAACUACUCCAACACUUCGACCCCCACGCGCCGCUUCCAGGACUUUGAUCCUCUUCAAGACUCCACCCGGUCUGACCGUACAGUCGAUACCUUGAGCUUCAACAACCGCAUGGAUCUCAAGGCCGAGGUUGAGGAGCUCCAGAAUCAGCUUCAACUCAAGGAGAUGCAGAACCGUCAUCUCCAAAGCCAGAUUGACCGAAGCACACCUGUUCCAGAGAACUACGACGACCAGAGCCCCUCUCUGCGUCGGAUUCAGAAGCUCGAGAUAGUCAACAACCGUCUCCACGAUAUGCUUGAUGACUCAAACAAGAAGGUUUCUGCACUGGAAAGGACUAUUCGAUCAGGCGAGCUGUCAUUGCGAGACAUUCAGACCCGAACGCACGAAGAGAUUCUGGAAGUGCUCAACAGUCAGGAGGAUUCGCGCAGGGCCUUGGUUCACAGCCACAAGGACGCUGUGGCCGAGUUGACCGAUAUCAAGGUUCACUUUGAGCGAUUGCGACAUGAUCGAGCCAAGGCCGAGGUUGAGCUUCGUGACGUUAGGUCUGACCUUGACGAGAUGACGAUGGCUAGGGAGCAAGAGGCUCAAAGCCGGAACCAACUUCUUCAGGAGUUUGCCGACCUGCAGAUUCGUCUCGACGCCGAGACCUCGAAGCUCAUCGACGUCACUUCCAGCCUGGACCUAUACAAGAGCCGUGCCGACGAGUACUUCGGUAAGCUUGAGCAGGCUGAGAUCGCUGUCCUCAAGGCCAGCCGUGCCGAGCAGUUUGCCAAGUCGCAGGCCAAGGAGGCUGAAGAUACGUAUGCUGUAGUCAUGUCUGAGCGUGAGAAGAUGGAUGCCACCAUCGAAGACCUCCAACACCAGAACCAGCGUCUCGAAGAGAAGGUGGAAGAUAUCUCGACCGAUCUGGAGGCAGCUAUCCAGGCCAAGAAGCGUCUCCAGCAUGAGCUUGAGGAUUAUCGCAACCAGCGUGCCAUGGAGAUUGAGGACAAGGAGUCGAGCAUGGAGCAGACUCGGAAGAAGUACCAAGCUGAGUUUGCUACCCUCACCAACGAGCUUGACCUUGCUCGCGAGGAGAAACUCUUCAAACAAGCCGAAAUCACCCGACUACGCGAAGAGCUCGACGAGCUACGAUCCAAGUGGGAUGAUGAGGUCCUCAACAGUUCGACUUGGUCCAAGGAAAAGUCACGCCUUGAGUCGACCCUGGCUGAUGUUGCAUCCUCCCGCGACGAAGCCGUGAAUGCGCACAAUGAGGCCCAAGGCAAGGUCGUCUCACUCUUGUCUCAGGUCCGAACUCUCCGCUCUUCAGUGGACGAGAUCGCCGCAGAGCGAGACCUCCUCCUGCGGGAGAAGCGCAACGUCGAGGCACGCCUCGAGGAGGCCAAGGCUGGUCUGGAGGAUCUUGUCAAGGGAGAGAGCCCAUCUCUUCGCAAUGCGGCCAACAUGGACAAGGAGAUCCUGGAUCUCAAGUCGAACCUUGCCCAGCAGGAGGACAUUGCCGCUGCUGCUGUUGAGAAGAUGAGACGAGCUGAAGCCCUGGUGGCUGAGGUCCAGAAGGAUGUCACGGUCGAGCGUGAGACCAGCGCCCAACUGCAGCAGCAGAAGGCGUCGCUGGAGAAGAGCCUGAACGAGGCGCAACUCAAGCUGAUUGACCUUGAGACCAAGGGCUACUCCAGCGCGAGCCAAGAUGUCAAGUUCCUCCACAAGCGCAUUCAGGAGCUCGAGUCUCAGCUUGAGGACCAGGAGACUGAGCGCAGCAAGUCCCAGCGAUCUGUCCGCAACGUGGACCGUAUCGUGAAGGAUCUGCAGGGGCGGAUUGACCGCAAGGAUAAACAGAACGCGCAGCUCUCAGAGGACGUCUCGAGGAUGCGCGACAAGGUCGAGAAGCUUCUGACGACGAUCGAGGAGCUACAAUCCUCCGAGUCGACCAACCAACUGUCUGCUCGAAGAGCUGAGCGCGAACUACGCGAGGAGAAGGAGAAGUCGCUCCGUCUAGAGCGGGAGCUCGAGGGCUGGAAGAACCUGCGGAACGAGAAGGGAUCGGGAAGCGUCAUCGGCAGCGUCCGGAGUCGCAUGGGCCCCUGGAGGGUCAGCGAAGGCGACGAUGCGUCCGUUGUUGACAUUCCCAAGAGGAAGAGCAGCCUUAGCCGGGUGCCCAGCCUCACCAAGGGCUUCUUGUAA